AUGGCGACGGCGCCCUCUGUGCACAGCGCGCGAACGAGCCGCAGCGCCCGCAGCCAUCGCAGCACCCAGUCCUGGCACGUGCGGAGGAAUCUGUUGGGCUGGUUGUGGUGGGCGGUCGGCUUGAUCUUCGUGAAGAUCAUCUACACCAUCUCCAACGUCCUCCUCCCCGUCAUCCUGUUAGCCCAGAUGAUUAUGUUGGAUAAUGUGGUUUUGCAGCAUCAUAGCUUGGAAGCCUUAGAGUGGAUGUGGAUCCUCCUUUGGGCGCAACUGGCACUGCUACUGCACCUGGUGGCCACCAAUCUGGGCGCCACACGGCAAAACUAUGGAGGACUCCAGUGGAUCAUUUACUGUUGGAUCAUUGCAGUCAUGGCGGGAGUCCUCUUCUUCGACACGCUCCCCCGGAUGCAGUUGGAGCAAGAUGCCUUGAUCUUGGAUCUCUUGAGCAGUCGGAGUCUCAUCACGGUGAUGUGGCUGACGCCCCUCUUCUACGCCGUCUUGACCUUCCGCACGUUGAAGCAGCUCUUUCAACAUCGGCCGCAGGAGGAAGAACAGCAAACCGGCAAGAGGCGGACCUCGGUGACGCUGGAUGCGGCGCUGUUGCAGGACAUGGUCUGGCACACAGUGAUUGACAUGAUCGACAUUGUGAACAUGAUGUUCAUGGAUUCGGCCGAACAGAGUGAGGGCGCCUCGACGCAGUUCUUGACCUACACCCACCCAGAUGAGGUGCGGCGGAUCCAGAUCGCAGCGGGGACCUUCAUCAUCCUGGGGCUCUUCUUCCAUCAGCAAAGCUAUCCCAGCAUUCGAUGCAUUGGUGGCUCUCAGAGUCAGGAGAGCCAGGCGCCGGAUGUGGUGAAGGCCCGCAAGCGCUCCGCGAUCAUCAGCAUCCUGCUGGUGGAUUUGCCCUUCUUCACCAUUAGGACCUACAUCUAUACCUUGGGCCUCUCGAUCCCCAUGACCCAACUCGAGAUAGAUGGCCAGGAGGUGCAUCGACCGCAACUGGACAAGUGGUGGGUGAAGAACAUUCUCUGUAUGAUGCUCCAGGACCUCGGCGCCAAGGCGAUGCAGCUGCGCUUUGUGCAGCAGGCUGAGCAGGAACGCUCUCAGAGCUUGCGCUGGUGGGACGUGCGUCGACAGGCUGAGGGCUCGGCCUCAGCGCAAGUGAGCCUUAGGAGAAAGGGCUUGAACUACGAUGCCAACUUGAUCAACGCAUACAAAGACCGCCACAUGACGCAGAACAAGUUGGAGUACGCCUUCGCAGAGCUGGGAGCCUUGAGCGAUUCGCCCACCACCACCCAGGCUGCUUCCUCCAUCCCGGGGCAUGAGGACAAGGAACACGAGACCACGGAGGUCCAGAGACGCUCCAGGUGCCGCUGCUGUUGCCGGAGUUGCUGGAGCAAGUCCAUCACCAGCUUCACCAUUUUCUGCCACACCGUCAUGGGCCUGGUGUUGGGUUGGUUCAUCGCGAAGGUGGACUUCACUCAGGUGAUGAACGACAUGGUCUUAGGUCAAGGCUUAGUGACCGAAUGA